CUGGCCUCAUGUCUCCUUGGGAAGACAGAAGGAAUUGUGUUGUAAAGAGGUGUCACAAUGCCCCCUGCCCCAUACAAGUUCUCCCCACCUUGGCACUCUCAGUAUCCUGCCAAGAGUCCUCCCUGACCACCAGAAGUUCCACCUGACCAUCAAGAAAGGCCCUGGUCCAGCAUGUGCAAGGUGAGAUGAAAUCACAGGGCUGGAGAAGGUCAGCCCGGGGUCACAAGAAGCCUGAUGGGCAGGAAAGAGCAUGAAAGCCCCAGCCAGCCUCACUUGUGUGGCUGGGAGGACUCACAGAAACCCUCUGGACCCAGUCAUGGGCCAAAGACACCAUCAUGCAAGGGGGUGAAGGCUCCACACCCAUCCGUGUCCCAGGCGUGGAAGCAGGACCGCGAGCAGUCUCUGGCAGCAGCCUAUGUGCCGGUCGUGGUGGACUCUAAGGGGCAGAAUCCAGACAAGCUCAGGUUCAAUUUCUGCACCUCCCAGUACUCCAACUCCCUGAACCCCUUCUACACCUUGCAGAAGCCUACCUGUGGCUACCUGUACCGUCGGGACACUGACCACACCCGCAAGCGCUUUGAUGUGCCUCCUGCCAACUCGGUCUUGUGGCGCUCCCAGGCCUGAGCCAACCAGAAGCCCCUCACCCUUCAUCCUCACCCCUGUGACCUCAGGUCCCCAAGGGGAAGGGCUGCUCACUGCAGGAGGAGCGACCUGUAUUCGCGCUGAGACAGCUGUGCCGUGCCCACCUAUCGACAAUGAUAAAAGGAGGUCUCUCUUCUCAGCAGCAGUUCAAGUUUGUCCUUCCUUUCCCUGGCAUCUGAAUGGGUGGCUGUGAGGUACAGUCUCCACUGGGGCUGCAAGGAUUUAGUGGAGACUCUUAACACCAGUUCUCUGGCAUCUGUGAGUUUGAGUGUGAGCCAUCAGCUUCUUCCUUCUUCUCUCUUCCUCUCCACAUUUCCCGGUACCAUCUGAUCCAUCAGGCCCUUCUUUGCUCAGGCCCGAAGGACUCAGGCCUGUGAGAGGACGGCCCGUUGUCGCCAAGACACCUCUGGGUGAGGAGCAGCGAACAGGACCUGUCCAUCUCAGGCGUCAGCCCCCUGAAGGUCUGAGCAAUGGGCAACGUGAUGGAGGGAAAGUCAGUGGAGGAGCUGAGCAGCACUGAGUGCCACCAGUGGUACAAGAAGUUCAUGACUGAGUGCCCCUCUGGCCAACUCACCCUCUAUGAGUUCCGCCAGUUCUUUGGCCUCAAGAACUUGAGCCCGUCGGCCAGCCAGUACGUGGAGCAGAUGUUUGAGACUUUUGACUUCAACAAGGACGGCUACAUUGAUUUCAUGGAGUAUGUGGCGGCGCUCAGCCUGGUCCUCAAGGGGAAGGUGGAACAGAAGCUCCGCUGGUACUUCAAGCUCUAUGAUGUAGACGGCAACGGCUGCAUUGACCGCGACGAGCUGCUCACCAUCAUCCAGGCCAUUCGCGCCAUUAACCCCUGCAGCGAUACCGCCAUGACUGCAGAGGAGUUCACCGAUACAGUGUUCUCCAAGAUUGACGUCAACGGGGAUGGGGAACUCUCCCUGGAAGAGUUUAUAGAGGGCGUCCAGAAGGACCAGAUGCUUCUGGACACACUGACACGAAGCUUGGACCUUACCCGCAUUGUGCGCAGGCUCCAGAAUGGCGAGCAAGAUGAGGAGGGGGCUGACAAGGAGGCCGCUGAGGCAGCCGGCUGAGCGCACCGCCCAGCUGCUUCUGCACUAGCGGGUGGGGUGGUAUGGUGGUGACUGGUGGUGUUGCUCUUGUCUUAACCCUAGAUAGAAUGUACUAAACUCAGAGGCUUAGCUCGCCUCUUUGGGGUACAUGGUGGCAGCAGAGAGGCAGCAGUGGGAGGCCAGAGCCAGGAACAGUGAAGGAUGGUUCCUGGCCCCUCUGAGUGACAGCUGACUGCAGCACUCCCUGCUGGGGGCACUGUUCAGCAUCCCUCUGCUGUCUGGUGACCCCCUAGCCCUUCUGGCUCCUCUCCCAGUUUUUCCCAGCUUUCUCCACUGAGCUUCUCCAUGCUCUUCUGGAUGUGGACUCUCUGAGGCAGAGCUGAACUUUCCCAGGCCUCUUACGGAAUCCUGCAGAUCCGGUGGCUGCAGCUUCAAUCUCAGUGCUGCAAUCACACAUCCAUUCUGCCCCGGGGACCCUGGAGCCUACUUGUGUGCUUUGCAUUUGAUUCACGCCUCCCUUCAACAAGCAUUUACUGAGCGCCUACUGUGUACUAAUGCUAGAUGUUAGAUGUACAGAGAAGACAGUUUUCAUCCUCAAGGAACUCAUAGGCUAAUGGUGAGACCUACAGACAAACAUCAUUAUAAUAAAACAUGCUAAGAGAA